AUGGCAGAAACUUCACAUAAAAUAAUUUCAUUGGUAUCGGCUAUAUUCGAUUCAUCUGAUAAGGAACGCCACGAUAUACUGAUUCGAGUGGUGCAAUGCGUGAAGUUUGUUAUGGAAGAGAACGAACUCAAUUCAUCACAAGCGACAUCAGCACUGAUAACACUAAUGGGGCGGCUGGACGAAAAAAAGGAUAUCUCACUGUAUACUGAAUGUUGCAUCUGUAUUGGAGAGAAGAUCACUGAGGUUGGCUCGCUGGCUCGUUUUCUGCCUUCAAUGAAUGAGUUGGAUUUGGAACAGCUCUUCGCGUUGGCUUCAAAAUGUCCGGGUGAAAGCAUAGUUCUGUGGAAUGCGGCCAUAAGUCAUCUCAAGACUCCCAUAUAUUCCUCAGCUGCUGGAUACAUCAUUGCACAGCUGGUGAAACGUGCCGAACUGAAUGCUGCUUUGGCCUAUCAGAAUAUGCGAUGUGUGGUGCAAAAUUUGUUGGCCGAGAAUUACCAGCCAAAGAUUUCUUCAUAUUUCUUGAAGGAAUAUUUGCGAAGACAGAACUCAUACUCGUUUGAACUGAUUGUUCCGUUAUGGCUGGCUGCGGUCCUUGAAGAACCCGAAACAAAUGAGGAAUUAACAAGCAUGUCGGUGGAGCUGUGUGAGACUGUUGUCACGUCGCUCAGAAAAAAGGGCAUAAACGUGAACUCGUUUCUGGGUGAUAAGCUGUCGACAGCUUCCAUGAUACGAUGGCUUUUCGAGCUGGUGAAACGUGCCGAACUGAAUGCUGCUUUGGCUUAUCAGAAUAUGCGAUGUGUGGUGCAAAAUUUGUUGGCCGAGAAUUACCAGCCAAAGAUCUCUUCAUAUUUCUUGAAGGAAUAUUUGCGAAGGCAGAACUCAUACUCGUUUGAACUGAUUGUUCCGUUAUGGCUGGCUGCGGUCCUUGAAGAACCCGAAACAAAUGAGGAAUUAACAAGCAUGUCGGUGGAGCUGUGUGAGACUGUUGUCACGUCGCUCAGAAAAAAGGGCAUAAACGUGAACUCGUUUCUGGGUGAUAAGCUGUCGACAACUUCCAUGAUACGAUGGCUUUUCGAGACGAUGUCAAAAAACGCGUCGAACCAUAGGAUGAUCAGUGAUAGCAUUACGAGAUGGUGUGAACUACUGGUGCCAGUGCUGCAGUACAAAUUGGUGAGGGCGGACGAGGCUACUGCAAUGCACUGCGCAAAGAUUGCUUCCUAUCCCUUCUGCUACGCUGCACAGCAACUCUUCAAGCCUCCAUCCGAGUGCUGUUUUAAUCGUUCACCGUUCGUACGGUUCUGCAGACUCCUCCUACAGAACGUGUUAAUUGAACGCGUGCUCCCGGUUGCAUAUAUUCGAGAAGUAUUGCCAAAUUACGUGACAGGUUUAUUGUUGGUGCCUGUGCACUCUGUGCCCUAUCUUUUACGCCUCCUGUCCGAAUUAUUGGAGAAGUAUUGCACGGACUUCGUCAUGAAAGAAGCCUUCGUUAAAAUGCUUAAAGAAAAGCCACAGACGCUAAGCGCUUUAUAUUUCUCAUCGAAAACGAUGUCAAAAAACGCGUCGAACCAUAGGAUGAUCAGUGAUAGCAUUACAAGAUGGUGUGAACUACUGGUGCCAGUGCUGCAGUACAAAUUGGUGAGGGCGGACGAGGCUACUGCAAUGCACUGCGCAAAGAUUGCUUCCUAUCCCUUCUGCUACGCUGCACAGCAACUCUUCAAGCCUCCAUCCGAGUGCUGUUUUAAUCGUUCACCGUUUGUACGCACUUUUCAUUCCUGUGUUUUUCCUGCGGCGAGUUUUCGUGUACUGUCCAAGCAACUGUUUCAGUUAAUUGAACGCGUGCUCCCGGUUGCAUAUAUUCGAGAAGUAUUGCCAAAUUACGUGACAGGUUUAUUGUUGGUACCUGUGCACUCUGUGCCCUAUCUUUUACGCCUCCUGUCCGAAUUAUUGGAGAAGUACUGCACGGACUUCGUCAUGAAAGAAGCCUUCGUUAAAAUGCUUAAAGAAAAGCCACAGACGCUAAGCGCUUUAUAUUUCUCAUCAAAAGUGGGCUCAAAUCUGUUCUCGUUCAUCUCGCAGAUCAAAUAA